GCGCGAUGAGUGGGGCGCGGGCGGCGCCAGGGGCAGCGGGCGAGGGCGCAGCCCGGGGGCUGCGCGUGGACGGGCUGCCCCCGCUGCCCAAGAGCCUGAGCGGGCUGCUGCACUCGGCGUCGGGCGGCGGCACGGCUGGGGGCUGGCGGCACCUGGAGCGGCUGUACGCGCAGAAGUCGCGCAUCCAGGACGAGCUGAGCCGCGGGGGCGCGGGCGGCGGCCGGGGCCGGGCUGCGGCGGGGCCCGCCAAGCCCCCCAACCUGGACGCCGCCCUGGCGCUGCUCCGCAAGGAGAUGGUUGGCCUCCGCCAGCUGGACAUGUCCUUGCUCUGCCAACUGUACAGCCUCUACGAGUCGAUUCAGGAGUACAAGGGAGCAUGCCAGGCAGCCUCCAGCCCGGACUGCACCUAUGCUCUGGAGAAUGGCUUCUUCAACGAGGACGAGGAGUAUUUCCGGGAGCAGAGCUCCCUCCACGACGGGAGGGACCCUCCUCGGGACUUGUCACUGCCUGUCUCCCCGCUCUCCAGCAGCGACUGGAUUCUGGAGUCCAUCUAGGGGGCCUCUGGAGAGACGCGAGGGUGGGGCAAGCCCUUCCUACUGGACAUGCUGCCAGCGUUUGCUUCUCCUCUCCUGGGAGAGCACCUCUGCUCCCCCAUUGUGGACGGUCCUCAGGCAGGUGGCACGAACGCUGCCAGUUUACUUUGUAGGAGGGAGUUCUCCAUUGACACAUGGUGGCAGUUGGCUUUGAUGGCCACGGUUUCUGCUUAGGUGACCUGGCGGUGCUCAGCAAUGUCCUUGACACUGUUACACUGGGACACAGCUGCUGGGGGUUCAUGACGAAAGGCAGCAGGAGGAUCUCUGCAAAGGACCUUUGUGGGUGUUUUGUACGAGGCGACUCGUGGCCAGUGACUUCCUUACAGGUGGUAGAUUAUUUACACCUCUCUGUUUUAGGGUUCCUGCUUCCAGUUUGCGAUGUAUUAAAACUGACGUUUCACUGCUUCCCUUCCUUGAGAUGGUCUGCAGCUUUUCUUCUGUUUAAUGAGCUUUUAAAUUUGAAGCCUCUUGGUUCAGCUUUAUUUAUUUAUAAGCUGCAUUAUUAACUGUCCAGGUGACGUGGUGAAAGCUUUUUACUGAAAAAGUCAACACUUCCGGUCACACCAAUCAACUGCUUUCUUUCAACCUACCCAAAAUUUAUAUCAUUCUUUGUCUGUCAGAUAUAGGAGGAAGGAAGAUCAUAUGUUUAUAUGUGGAGUGGGAAAAAAAAAAACAAAAAACUGGGGCAAGCUCAUGUUUUGUGUCCUCACUGUAAGAUGACAAAUGUUUUUGUUGUUUUCUGAAUGUUAGCAAGCAAGCCACCCUCCACUCAAAGCAGCAAUUACCUUAAGCCUUAAUAUAUUUAUUAAAAUACUUU